GAAGGCGUAUAACAUCUGUGGUCUCUGCCUUGCCCCCACACUCCACAUGAUUUUGUUUCUCACUGUUUCUUCUUCUAGCCCUCCCAUAAAUACCUCUCUAGCCCUCCGCUCCUCCCCCACCACCUUCACAUCCCUCUCUCUAUCCCUCCAUCGCUCUCUCCCUUUUCCCCCACCCACAAUUCUCUUCCCCCCAGUCAUCGCAAAACAGCAUGGCUCUAAAGAAAUCAAACAAACAACCAGCAGCUCUGAAACAAAUUCUCAAAAGAUGUUCAAGCUUUGGGAAGAAACCUGGCCAUGAUCAAGGUAGCCUUCCAGAUGAUGUGCCAAAAGGCCACUUUGCGGUAUAUGUUGGUGAAAACAGAAGCAGAUAUAUUGUUCCAAUCUCAUGGUUGGCUCACCCAGAGUUUCAAGGCCUACUCCAAAGAGCCGAGGAGGAAUUCGGCUUUAAUCACGACAUGGGUCUUACCAUCCCUUGUGAGGAAGUAGUUUUUCUCUCUCUAACAGCCAUGAUCAGAUGAAAGAAAAGCUUUUCAAAGAGGUUGUUGGAGGGAGAUGACAAAGAUGAAGCUGAAGCUUCCUUCUUCUUCUUCUUCUUCUUCUUCUUCUUCCUCUUCGGAUUAAUAACUCAGUACUAUAAUGUUUUUGACCAAAAACCCCAUUAACAUUUUCCAGGGUUUCGCGCCUGGUUGAGACUUGGUAGAACUAAUAUUGUUGAAGGAAAUCAUGGGAGCCUCCCCCAUGUCUGUUUGAUGGAUCUCUCCUACGGUGUUUGGCCUUCUGCGUCUCUCUGAAGAGCAAGGCCUUCUCUUCACUUCUCACAGCUUUCAUAGAUUACAGAUGUGUUUCUUCCUUGAGAGACCAUUUCCAAAUUGUAACAAUCAACAUGAUUCAAGUGAUCAGUUCUAAUGAUCUAUUUUCCAUAAUCUGUACAUUUUUCUCCUUUUUAAUCUGGUAUGCCAAGUUGUUUACAAGUUUAUGUAUAGUUUUGAAGGAAAGAAUCAGUGGGAGAAUUUUUUUGUCUGAAUUUUUUAAAGGCUAGCUUCCAUAUUUUAUA